CCCGUUUUUCAUUGGGUGGCAGUGAGGCCCUGGGGCAAUCCUUGAGUUUAUUUGUCCUUGGUGGUUUCAGAAGUCUGUGGUUGGUGAUAUACGGUUAAUGGACGGGUGUUGUCGAUUGGGUGAUCUUAUAUAACCCACUAAACUCGCAACUAGAUGUUGGUUGGCUCAUGCCAAGUUGGUGCCAAGCGUAGUUUGUGAAGACCUCAAGCUCCCAGUCAUCAGGAGUAUUUAAUAGCAUGGGUCGGAAAAAGAAGAAGCAACAAAAGCCCUGGUGCUGGUACUGCAAUCGGGAGUUUGAUGAUGAGAAGAUUCUGAUCCAGCACCAGAAGGCAAAGCAUUUCAAGUGCCAUAUCUGCCACAAGAAGCUUUACACAGGUCCAGGCCUGUCUAUUCACUGUAUGCAGGUGCACAAGGAGACGGUUGACAAGGUGCCCAAUGCUGUACCCAACCGGAACAACAUUGAGAUCGAGAUAUAUGGCAUGGAGGGCAUCCCUGAAGAUGACCUCAAGGCCCAUGAACAAAACAACAAGUCUGGGCAGGCGGACUCAGAUGGCGAGCCGGCGGCCAGCCCGGACGCGCCGCAGCCGGGCAGCAAGCCGUCCACGCCCGUGUCGCCCAGCCCGGCCGGGUUCGCCGGCGGUCUGCCGGCGCUGCCCGGCCUGCCGGCGCUGCCCGGCUUGCCCGGCGCGGCCGGCCUCGGCCAGGUGGCGCAGAUCGGCCCCAUGGCGCCCUACAUGCUGCCCGGCAUGAUGGGCCCGAUGGGCGCGCUCGGCCCGAUGUCGGGCAUGCCGCUGGGCAUGACGCACACCGCCGGCCGGCCCCUCUUCCCGUCGGCGCAGGGCUCGUCGCCGACGCCGCUGAGCAGCACCGCCGCGUCGCGCUCCACCUUCCCGGCGUACAGCCAGGCGGGCGCCGCUUCGUCCAAGGCGGGUGGCGCCACCACGUCCAGCUCGUCAGGCGGCGCGCGUCCGGCGCUGAUCCAGCAGGCGGCCGGCGCCACUAGCCGCAUUGUGCACCCGGACGAGGAUAUUUCGCUGGAGGAGAGCCGACUGCGGCUGCCGCGCUACCAGCGGUACCGACCGCGACCGGCAGCCUCGCCAGGCGUGGCAGCCGCCGCUGCCGCCGCUGCCGCCGCCGCGGCCGCAAACGCCGCCAACGCCGCCGCCGCCGCCAACGCCACCGCCGCCCUGGCCGCCGAGCACUCGGUGGCAGGACACUCCGACGUGGAUUUUUCUCUAAAUGCCCGGCCCGAGACUGCGUCCGGCUUGUCUAGCUAG